AUCACCAUUGUAUUCGUAUUUCGUAGCUCCACGGCGCAUACUUUCUUUGGACCUGUGCCAAAUAUUGAGCGUGUGUCAUGUGACUGCCUGUGACGUCGAGCACUACAGCUGUCUAAUCGUACCGUGAAUUAUAGGUUAUCGAUAUCAAGAUGGCGUCCGUGACAUGAAUUGAAUCGCACCCGAAAACCACCCGUGAAAAGACCCGAAGAGCAGGACUGCUGAACUGCGAUGGUGCUGCCGUGUAGCGAGAGACACACGAACCAAUGGUGAACACCUAGCGCCACCUUUGGGAAGGCAAUGGAAGCUGAGAGUCCGCGUGCGACAUGCAUGCCGCGAUCCUACUACGGAACAAGCGCAAAACAAAGAAGAAGAAGAAGGGAGCCGGGAAGUUCGAUCCACCACCUCGUCAUGUGGCGACACGAGAAAUACCUCCGUUUCCGUCCCAUCCCCCGUUCAGAGCGUGGGGCACCGACUCACAGCAGAGAGCGGCACUAGACCAAAAACGAAAGGUACCCAACGGAAAGCCUGCAUGGGAAGGAGAGCUGGAGCGAGGCCCUGGCGCGACCGGCGAGGUUCGGGAGUACAAAACACUGGCGACGGCAGCGCACCGACGCUGGCUGCGCAAAAACAACCAGGUGGAGGACGUGGAGGCCUCGCUGCAGAAGGACGGCCAGGGCGGCUUCACCAACUCCUCCUCUGCCAACAUCGUCCUUUACGUCGGCCUGGGCAUGAUCGCCAUCGGACUCAUCAUCACGUUCGUCGGGCUCGGCGAACGAGGGUUUCAGACGGACGAGCUGAAGCUGAUCGGCCCCAGUCUGAUCGGGUCCGGUCUGCUGUUCUGUCUGCUGCGGAUAUUCUCCUGCACAAUCAGCGCCUAUCGGUGCUGUCGGUGCUGCCGCUGCUGUCGUGGCAACGAGGAAGAAUCUCAGCUGAUCAGUCCCAAGCCGAGCAGAGUGCACAAGUCGGCCGGCGCUGUGACACGCCCGUCGGUCCACCCCAACUUUAUCAGUGACGGCGAGGAGUCAGAUGCCGCCGUGCUGGAGACUGAUACAGAUGGGGACACCAGUCACGUGCCGGUGCUGCCACCCAUCAGGGGCGGCAGGAGUGUCGGCUCCGGCGCCACCGCCCCCAACUCGGCAGAGGUGCUGCUUGACCCGCAGGGUCUGGAUCGACCACACUCCCGAGGGAGCGUAAUGGGGCCUCUGACACCACGAAGAAAGGAGAGCACCUCGUCACAGAUCGAACACGAAAUCGAUGACCUCAUCAAGUGAUGACGAAAGAAGAGAAAAUUGUUCCUCGAAGCUGAAAGAUAUACACCGUUUUGGCAAGAAAUGGACUUGUUGCACGGUGAAUUAUUAUAUUUCGAGCUAUCAGAUGAUCAGACUGGAUUGGAUCAGAGGAAGAUUGAUCAGGAAGGAUUCCAAUCUCGGGGCUAUCUGAGGAUUCGUGCUGGUGUUCAAAGCGACUGAACCUCUAGUGACUGACUCCAGAGACUCUCGUGGUGUGCUAUAUUGUGAUAAUGUGUUGGAGGUGUUACGAAAUUCUGGGCAUCAGCCUGAUAUUCUGCUACAAAGCAGACUUACAGAGUGUUUACUGAACUAGAUGUGAUGCACUGGGACGAAUUUAUCGAUCCGCUACACAGGAUCUCAAGUGAGCUGAAGUCGAUCUUUUCAGUGGAUGGACAUGACAUGCCUUCGCUAAACGGGACAUCAGACUAUUCCACCGGUUAAGUGACUAGUGGCAUCAGAUAAGCGGUGGAGAUCGAACUAUGUAUGCGACAAACGUCGCGAAGCAAAGACAAUAACGGCAAGAUGAUUCGGCUUGUCAGCAAUGCAGAAGUGAUAUUUUUAGAAUAGAAAAGGUGUUCCUUUUCGCAAUAUUUCGCAAUGAGCAGUUGUUGCGCUUGAUUUGCUGUUUUUCGUGAUCGGUGUUUUGAAGGAUCAUGUGGUUUUCCGAGGCGUUGUUCUUUAUACGUCUUCGUGCUUGGACGGACUGUUUGCUUUUUCGACAUUUUCUCACUGCUUGCACUUUAUUAGAGCGUGCAGUUUGCAAUGCACAGAGUGAUAAUUGGCACAGGGUUAAAACUGGCUGAGUAGAGAGUUGCUUACCGAUGAUAUACACUUACCGAUGUAAUCUUCGGCGAUUCGUUUAGAAGCGAUGACGCAUUUUAUUUCUACAACCAAAUGAAUCAGUGACGUAACUGUGUAUGGUUCGCAGUCAAAAACAAUGCUCCGAUUUUAAUUAUCUUUCGGAAUGAUGUAUAAAAGCCUUCUAUUUAUAAAUGUUUUAUUUAUAAGUGUAAGUGAAGCAAUAACGCCAUGUGUACAUUAUUGAUCAUUCUUGCUAUAUAGUUCUACCAUUCAGGUCUCAAGCCACGCUGCUAUGCAUGUGCUUAGCUGUGUCGCUUUGGGAUGCUUUUUGGGAUUCAUUGAACGCCUUUCGAAACGAAUUUUGCCAUUUAGAAGCACCUUCCUCCUACCGUGUUUAAGUGCUUAGGUACCUAAGAGAUGUAGGGGUGACUUUUAUGCUCUGAAAUAAAUGACUAUGCUAUCGGUGAAUUAAACUGGACCUGAGGUGCAUCGUUUCUAGCGCUGCUAUAAUGCACAUUGCACAUGUUCAUUGUCUGUGAUUCAUGGCUAACAAAUAACAUAUUUAUUGCCAUCAUCACUUAUGCAUUAGGAUAUUGCAAUGGACCUGUGAUAUCUUUAUGUGUCGCGUUAAAUAUGCAUAUGCUAUAAUGAAAGUCUUUUGUUCUCAUCAAUGAUCAAGCCAUUAUGUUUCACACAUGACACGGCCACUUUAUGAGGAUGUGCAAGCUUUGCAAUUUUGUCUUUUGUGAGAACUAUACCAGCAUUUUAACGUGUGCUUACACCGCUUAAUAAUUUAGCAAUAAAUCAAUGCGAAUAUGCGCGAUAACAUCGUUGAUAUAAAUAAGAUGGUUGAUGCAUCAUGGGCAUGGCGUUCCUUAUCAUUGUGAUAUUGCGUUAAAUUAUGAAAUAAAUGUAUAAUACCAAAUAUUUGCAUUGUAGCAUAAUGUCUAAUGUUUUACAGGACACAAUGCCAUCCAUGCAACUGCUCGGAUCAUCUUAUUGUCUGCUGUUUUGAUCGCAAUAAACUCUUGGUAU